AUGGCAAGCAAAAAUAAUGUAAUCGAGGAAAUCCAAGAAUUAAUCCAAAAAAUUAAAAAUGAAUAUAAGGAGGGGGUUGAUUUUGAGUUUGUUGCUGAAAAAGAAAAUUAUCAAAAAGGAAAUAAAGAAGAGAAUUGGUUUACUUACCGGACGAACAAGGAUACUACUAAAUAUGGUGAUUAUGACCUUAUACUUUUUUCAAAGUUUAAGUUGAGUACUAGUCCAGAAAAACCGGAAAAUUGUGCGGUUUGCGAUAAACUGACCUUUAAAGAGAAUGGUCGAAUGAAAUUAUUUGAUGGAGAAAAAGAUAUCGGCGGGCCAAGCCCAAAUGUUGUUGGCUACUUCCACCCUGAAUGUGCCAAAAAAUAUUUUACUAAUAAAGAGCAACCAAACGUAAAUAAUGCUAGAAUAAAAGAAAAAUUAUUGCGAAAUUUGGAUAUAAAUAUGUUUAGACCCCAUGGGCGAUUUGGCGAAUGCGGAUCGUUAACCGAUCCGGACGAAAGCAUUGACAAGAAGAAAUUAUUAGCCGAAAUUGAAACAAUUUUAAAAAACUCUGACUUUCCGGUUAUUGAUAAUUCUCCCAACAAAUCAAACUCCACCUCAACUGAAACUGAAAAAAGGGGUGGAGGAGAAAAGUGGUUCCAUUCAAAAAAAUGUAAGGAGAUUUUUGAGAAAGUAAUAAGAAAUCGCAAACUAAUCGACGAGGCCUACACUUUUUUAACCGGCAAUGCGGGUAAGGGUAAUCAAAAUCCGGGGGGCGGCGGAGGUCAAACACCAGAUCAGCCAGAAUUAGAAGUUUGCGACCGUUGUGGAAAAAAAUACGAUUUCAGCCAGAAAUUUCCUAAAUUUAAAAAAAAGGAAGAAGAAAAUGAAAAUUAUUGGUUUUGUUCGAAAAAAUGUUAUGAUUGUUUUAAUGUUUGUGAUAAUUGUGGCAAGAUAGAAAGGCUGAAAGAAAAUGAACUUCGAAUGACUAAGGGAAAAGUUUUUUGUUCUUCUAAUUGCCGGCAAAAACUAGAAAAAAAUCCGGGCAAGUUUGACCCCGAUAGUUUACCAAAUUGCGACCAGUGUGGAGAAAAAUUUCGCCUUGAUGAGAAAGGCUUCUAUACCAUUUAUUCUUUUACCGGCAGGGAGGAAAAAUUUUGCUCACCAAAAUGUCGCACUGACGAAACCCAACAGACUAAUCGUCCAACAAGCGAGAAUGGGGAAGAGGAGGGGAACGAUAGUGAUUUGGACGACCACUCGGAGUCUAAUUCCGAUAAUAGUUCCGAUAGCAACUCCGACCAAGAUGGGAAGUCCAAUAAUAACCUGCCCAAAAACAUUCAGGAAAUUGCUCAUCUUCCCCUUUUGCAAGCCCAAGCCCGUGCCCGACAGGAAAUUGAAAAAUUACUAAAAGACAAUGAUAUUUCCGACCACGAAUUAAAUCAAGAAGACUGA